CUCUCAACAAUCAAAAUCCUCAACCCGCGUACGGCACCUCAAAAUCCGAAUUAUUUUCUGAUACUUUCCUCCAUCCCGUCUUCUAAAACUUGUGCUCUUUCUUUUCUUGAGAAGGAAGGAGGCGAUGGACACGGCGUCGGAUGCCGCGCGGCAGCCGGGUCCCAGCGAGACCACCCCCGACCAAGUCCAGGCCUUGCUCGAGGCUGCUAGAUAUGAUGACAUUGAAGAUGUGGCAAGCUUAUCUUCCACAAGUGUUUCUCUUAACUCCAGAGAUUCUCAAGGACGAACAGUUCUUCAUAUGGCUGCUGCUAAUGGGCAUCUAGAUAUUGUGGAGUAUCUUAUAAAUAAUGGAGUGGUGAGGAGGCAAUUGUAUAAGAACAUUUUGCUACCAAAUUACUAUAAUAAACAGAUCAAUUACAAAGAUCUCUUCUAUAAUCAUUAUUUUCAGAAAGCUAAUGGUCACCUUUGAACAAUCUGUUUUGAUGAUUUUAUGCAAUUUUGAAUAUACUCUCUUUUCAUGUCUUGCGGUCAAAAUGUUGCACUCUGUAUUGAGCAUGAUUUUUCCUUCUUAAAUAGAACGCUUCAGUUGUUUUUGGAGAUUCUCUGAAAUCAACAUCAUAAUUAUGGCAGUAGUUACCGCUCAGCAGAUUGUGUUUUGUUAAAUUUGAUUUCAAUAAUGUUUAGCUGUAUUUUUAUUUUGUGCAACCAAUACAGAAGUUAAAGAAUUCCUUAUGAUGGACAUUUGUGUAAACCAGGAGUUGCUGAUCCUAUAUUUCAGCACAUAGGACAAAUGAUCAUGAGAGUUGAAAUGCAAAAGCUAUUAGAUGCAACAAAAAUCAUUUCAAAUGUUGAAAGUAAGAUUUAUCUGUUUUGUUUAGUGACACUAGGUUGAUGCGUUCUCCUCAAUGUUUUUGUUUAUUGAAAUGCAUAAAGUCUAGUCAAUUAGCAUUGAGAAAUUAAUUUCUAGUUAGAGAUUAAUACAAUGAUUCCAAUCCUGUGGAUGUGGGCAACACGAUUUUGGGUAGAAUGGGGCAUGCCAUGUCCCAACACUCAGGAUGGUGAAUGUCCUAUCCUGGUGCUGUCCCAUCCCAACCCUCAGAAUGGUAGGACACCCUGCCAUCCCACCAGGACUUAAAUCCUUGGAUUAAAUUAUAUUAUGUUAAUAUCCUAUUAGAUAAGGAAUAAGCGUCAAUCAGUACAAAUUUCAUUUACUUUGAGGAUUUCAUUUCAUUUAUGACUAGCAGAGGGUCAGCCAUGUCAUCACUCCAUAUAAGAAAAUGGCUUCAUGUAGAGCAAGAUCUGAAAGACAUCUAUGCACAGCUCCUUGGUAUUUGGUGGUGCAUAUCUUACGUAUUAAACCAUUUAGUUCAUCAAAGGUUCUCUGAUGACCAACACUGUGAGGAUGUUGACUAAUUGUCAAGAAUAUUGGUACAACGGACCAAAUUAACAAAGGAAGAUUUUAUAUGGACUUGAGAAGGCUCUGCACUAGAACCAAGAGAUUUAAGGAGAUCAAGCAUUGUGGAGUAGGAGGUUGUAGAUAGGUUAGCAGAACUGUCCCAAACCGGACAGUACCGGUGGCUCAUCGGUACGGUUCUGGUAACGGAAACGAGACCCGUUGCCAAAGCUGAAGAAGGAGAAGGAAAGAAAGAACAAGCGGGAGAGGGAGGGAGAGGGAGGGCCGCAGGGGGCCUGCGGAGGCUGCGGCAGGUGAGGCCGCUGUCGGACCCUUGUUUCGUUCGAAACAAGGGAACCGGCCGUGGCCUCACCUGCCACAGCCUCCGCCGGUCCCCCGCGACCCUCCGCUGGCGUCCGCCACCCUCCUUCAACCUCUCUCCCUCUCUCUUUCCCUUCUCUCUCUCUUUUCCUCUCUUCCACAAUACCAUGCCCUCGUCGGUACAGGCCCAGCACGGCCUGUAUUGACUCAUACCGCCGAAAAAUCGGUACGGUGCCCGGUAUCGGUUCCUUCGAUCUUGCUUCCAAUUGAACCAGGCUAUUCAUGUAUAGCUCAGGCCCAGAGGAGCAGGAACAAAACAUUGUACUUGGCUUGUUUGGUAUAUAGGAAGUGAGGAUAAUUUGUCUUAUAUUUCAUGUUUAAAAUCUUGUACUCGAGUUUCUCUAGCCUUUUGCUUCCCCCCAUCUCUUAGUCUUGUCUCAACUUGCCGAUAAUUAGAGAUUGUCCUUGCCAGCACACAACACCACCAGAGAUCAUCUCCCCAAUUCCUGUCACCCUGCCAUCUCCCCUAUUGGCCUUCUGCCUUCUCUGCUUCUCAUGCUCGCCUCACUGCAUCAUUGGAUAAUGUGCUUGCCCCAUUGCUGGAGUCAUCCCCCUAAUCCCACUAGCUCCAAUGUCAAACGCUUUAAGCCCAGGACUGCUACUUGCCCCUGCUUCAUGACACUUGGGAAUUUUCUACUCAUGUGCUGCUCUACAGGGCUGGAGACUAUGCUGGAGAUUGUUCUCGAGGGUACUCCCAUCUACACUGCACAUUUCUGUUUUAUAUCUCCUUAUCCACCUCUUUCUAACACAAAGUUAUUCUUUCUGCUUUAACCACCUUAUUAAGUUUUUUAAAAAAAAGUCUACUGGAGAUCGACUCUUUUGGCAAGUCAAACUUGAUUCAAGUUCGACCUUGCCUUGAUCACAAAUGAUGAAUCAUGCCAAGCUUGAGCACAUAUGCUUCAGCUCAGUCAAUCUUGAGAUGAGUUUGAACAUCAAUUAGCUUGACUUAGCCAAGCCUGACCAGGUCAGUCAUCUCAGCUUGUUUGCACCAUACUUACAGAUGAUGUGUUAUGCAAGAUUAGUACAAAAAACUUCUAACUGAAAUCUAAUAAUGCUCAAGGAAUUGGUAAACCAACAUGACACUUCGAUGAUAAAAGAAAAUCAUGAAAAAUAUGCAAUUAGUUUACGAGUAUCUCAAACUAUUGCAAGCUGUUAUCGGUAGUGUCUUUUCUUUGAGAAACUUGGAGGCGCUCCUGUGAACUCUUAGUCAAGGGAAACGAAUGAACUUUAGGUGGUCGAGACUUUGAUCCAGAGAGGAGCUAGCGUAAGUGUUCUGAACAGGUAUUCCUACCUUAUUUCUUUUAUAGAUAUAUUUAUUUGACCAUUUAGGAUGUUGGCUAUGAAUAAAUUAUGUUCUCCACCCUUACUUGAUUGCUUGCUGCUGUGAUCAUUCUCCAACCAUGAGCAGACUCCAGUGGAUGAAGCGGUAAGCAGGGGAAAGAUGGAGGUGGUUGAUGCAAUCAAUGCUGCAGUAGCCCAAGCUGAACUUAAUGGUGUUAGUGUUUCUUAACAAGGGAGCUGCACUGUCUUUCGCUUGUAAAAGGAUUGCUUGCCUCCUGGGUGGUGAGGAUGUUUACAUGAACCCAAUUAUAGCCUGUAGGAUGAUGCUUCCAUCGGACAUCAUCGUCAAAUCCACAGUCGAUGGUCAUACAUCAGUACACAGACAAGAAAUCGAUAUGUAUGGUAAACCAGUCGAGGAACUUGUAUGUGUGAUAUAAGAAGUUUGAUUACCCCAUUGCCUCUGGAAGAUGACUAUGAUGCAAGAUGACCAUGAUGCAGUCUGCAGUAAAAUAAAAUUUAUCAGUUUUCUGCA